AUGAUACAGUAUGACAAACAGAAGAGAGUAGUCUUUGGCUAUUCAAUGGAGCCCCAAGAGAAUGGAGGACUGGUCCUCAAAAUUGAUUUUCCUCGAAAUGGAGAAUGUCUGCGUAAAACAAUUGUUCUACACGCUGUAAAGCAGGCCGAAUUCGAUAGUGAAGAUGGGAAGACAACACUACACAUCGUGGAUACAGAUUAUGAGACUUACCAUAUCAUCCUCUUCAGAACAGAGCGUACAGGCAUGCUACAGCUCUUUGGCAAGGAAAAGACUGUGUCAGAUGAAGUGAAAGAAAAAUUUAAAACUACGGCCCAAGAUUUGCAAUUUGACCCAGAUGCAAUCAACUAUGUACCCGAAAAUGAUGAGAAGACUACGGUACACAUCGUGGAUACAGAUUAUGAGAAUUACCAUAUCAUCCACUUCCUAAUGGAGCAUAUGGGCAUGCUACAGCUCUACGGCAGGGAACAGACUGUGUCAGAUGAAGUGAAAGAAAAAUUUAAAACUACGGCCCAAGAUUUGCAAUUCGACCCAGAAGCAAUCAACUACGUAACCGAAAAUGAGCUCUGUCUAUAA